AUGGCCAUGGAGUCAUCAGGCCUCUUAUUUAAACGGUCAUCUUCUUCUGCAGCUCUAGACGAGGAAAUUAGCAAUAAACGGCCAAAGCACCACUACAAUCACCAUCAUAUUCUGAAAGAACCAGUUACCAUCCCGCUUGCGUCCGAGCUCGCAGUACACGAUGAUGCCCAUGUGGAUUUCCUGAUCGACCGAUCGCUAGGCCAGCUGAUCAAGAAUGCUGGCUUCGAUAUCGCUGAGCCAUGUGCGCUAGCCAGCCUUCGCAGCGCGGCGGAGGAGUAUCUGCUUAAAAUCUCCACUUUCGUCCGUCAAUCAAUGCUUUCAGCUCGUCGUCUUCAACCACUUCCCCAGGACUUCGAACACGGUCUGCAUCGGGUGCGCCUUUCCUUAGACGAGCUGGCUCCUUACAUAAAAGCACCUCAAAUCGUCGCCCCUAUACCCACACUUCUUCCAUCACCACCACCAGACGAAGAAACCGCGCAGAAAAUCCCAUUCUUGAAUACUUUGCGACAGGAUGACCAUGUCAACCCCUCCUACGUCCCGAGAUCCUUCCCCGAAUUCCCUAGCCGACACACCUACUCUGCAACUUCUGUUUUCACCGAGCGCGAUAAUGACCCCCGUCGCAUUCGAGAACGUGCCGCUGAAGACGGCCGUCAUGGUGAAGAGGCACUGCGCAAACUGGCAAGUGCUGCGUUCCGUGAUAAUCCUACCACAUCCAGCGGUAAAGACAAGAAGCUGUGGGGUCGACGCACGGAUAGCAUGGAAACGAUGUUCGAGAAGACGGUCAAGGAAGCUAUGAAAAAGUCAAAGAACGACCCGCCUGUCAUGACCAGCUCCGCUAUGGAGAUUGACUCGGUGCCGCUAAAAGUUCAGUGGAAUCAGGACUUGGGGCCUAUCGUCAACUGCGAGCGCGAUUAUUGGCGCCGGACAACAGCUACAGGUUCGCGAGCCAUGGAAGAGAAAAAGCUCAAGCGUACUCCUAGCGUCGAGCCGGCAGGAUGA